ACUUACUCAAACCAACACAUUCUACUUUUGUUUCCUACUCAGGCUGCAACUUCGAUCCUUAUACUCAAACAAUGGCUAAGAAGAAAACCGUUAUAAAGGUCGUCAUUACAUGCCAGAAAUGUCAAACCGAUAUUAUGAAAGCUGUGGCAAAAAUUAACGGUGUAGAGAAGUUGGAAGUAGAUGCAAGCAAAGGCACAUUGACCAUAAUUGGAGAAGUUGAGCCAGUUCCAAUAUUCAAGAAGCUCAAGAAGAUUGGCAAACAACCUGAAAUCAUUAGCGUCGGACCACCUCGCCCCAAAUAUUGUCCACCACAUUGCAUUUGUAACUUUUGCCGUCCUUAUUAUCUUCAAUGUUCCGAACCUCUUCCGUACCACACCGUCCCCUCCUAUAGCAACAACCAUUGUCAGUUCGUCGCGGUUCAAUACCCUUCUUGUUCCUAUGAUGAUGGUCCGGGCCAGUGUACCAUCAUUUAAAAUAUCGGUGAUAUCAUGUUAUGUACUUUAUUUGGAUUCAGUUGUCACAUUACUACUUCUCGUUUUCAUGUUAAUUUUUCUUCAGAAACAAGCGUGUUGAUAAAGAUUCUACGUUGUAAUGUAAAAUAUUCAUUAUUAUAAGUUUUAAGUAUAAUUUUGUACGUGUAAUAUAAUCUAAAAUAUUCAUUAUUAUAAGUUUCAAGUGUA